AUGGCGGACGUGAGCCCGAAGGAUAGCGGAAACGCGAAGGGCAAAGGUCUCAAGAAGGAAGAAAUUGUCGAUACCUUGUCCGAAGACGACAAGGAACUCAAGGAGCGUUUGGAAACCUGCGUAACCACACUCGUAAAUGCAGCAAACGAAGCUUCCGUUACUACGGCGAUUCGCAAUAACGCCUUGGAUGUGAUGGUUAAUGAACUCCGAACCGCAACAGCUUCAAUGACGUCGGUGCCCAAACCGCUCAAGUUCCUUCGUCCGCAUUUUGCUUUGCUGAAAUCCUGUUACGAUGCGAUUGGAGACUGCGAUAACGAACUCAUAGAACUGCGUGCUCGCUUGUCAGAUGUUUUAGCUGUUUUGGCCAUGACCAUGGGUAAGCCGGAAGAACGCGAGAGUCUGAAGUUCAAGCUUGCAGGGGUCAAGGAUUAUGCGCUAUUGAGGGAUCGGAAAUCACCGUCGAAACACGCCGACGACAAUCUAGGAUCCUGGGGGCACGAGUUCGUCCGAUCACUGGCGGGUGAAAUUGGGCAAGAAUACGAUCAGAGAGUGAUUGAUGGAGCGGAUCCGAAUCAAGACGACUCGUUCGAGGAUUUGCUGUCGAUGAUCGACGUUAUCGUGCCCUUUCACGUUUCCCACAAUGCCGAAUCGGAAGCGAUUGAUCUCUUGAUUGAAGUUCAGAGACUCAAAAACCUAUUGAAACUCGAUACAAUCGAUGAGACGAAUUACCAGCGCAUCUGUUUGUAUCUGAUCAAGACAGCGGACUACAUGUCGGACCCGGACGAUCUUUCGGAAAUGCUGGAAACGGCACUGGAAAUAUUUAAGUCUCAGCACCAGUACUUCGACGCACUACGUGUGGCGUUGCGAAUGAACGACACCGAAAAAAUCGCAGAUUUACUCAAGGCUUGUACCGACCCCUUGAUGCGAAAGCAAAUGUGUCUCUUAUUGGGGCGCCAUCGAGUCAACUUCGACGCCGAAGAAGCCGAUAUCGAGGAUGACGACGUUGAGCUGCUUAGUGAGCUAAUUGGUAACGAAAAGCUGAGCGAGCAGUUUCUCAAGUUGGCCCAGGAUCUCGACGUUAUGGAUCCCAAAACGCCUGAGGAUAUCUACAAGUCCCAUUUGGCUGAAACCGGAGGCUUCAGUCGUCGUCGGGAUACGAGUGCGAAUGUUGACUCGGCCCGGGCCAAUUUGGCAAGCACCUACGUCAACGCUUUCGUCAAUGCGGGUUUUGGUCAAGACAAACUGAUGACUCCCGACAACGAUUGGCUAUAUAAAAACAAAGACCACGGGAUGAUGGCGGCAGCAGCCUCAUUGGGAUCGAUUCUUCUCUGGAACGUCGAAGAAGGAUUGACACAAAUCGACAAAUUUUUGUAUUCUAAUGAAGAUUACGUCAAAGCUGGAGCUGCGCUGGCCGUCGGCAUUGUAAGUAGCGGUGUACGCAAUGAUGCCGAUCCUGCGCUGGCUCUACUGUCGGAACACGUAGAAGGUGAAUCACAUGUUAUGAAAUGUGCCGCUUGCACUGGUUUGGGCAUAGCUUACGCUGGUUCGGCACGUGAAGAUGUUAUGGAAAUCCUCACGCCGGUUGUAGAGAGUUCAGAAGGCGGCCCGACCACGAUGAUGGAAGUUUCGUUGGCAGGUCUUGCUCUCGGCAUGAUCUUUGUUGGCACAUGUGACGAUAUGGUAGGAGGUACCAUUGUACAACGGUUGAUGGAAGCAACGGAUGAUGAACUGGAUCAUACGCAUGCCCGCUUUCUUUGUCUUGGAUUGGCUCUCCUGUUUCUGGGACAAAUGGAAAAGGCUGAAGCUAUGAUAGAAGCUCUCCGCACAGUAGAACACAAAAUUGCGAAAUACGCUGUUGUCAUGUUGGAGACUGCGGCCUACGCUGGGUCUGGCAACGUUCUCAAGGUCCAAGAGAUGAUGCACCAGUGCGCCGAGCACUUGACAGAGGACGCGGAGCAUCAAAUGGCGGCUGUUUUGGGAAUUGGUUUGAUCACGAUGGGCGAAGCGGUGGGUUCUGAAAUGGCGCUGCGAACAUUCGAUCACUUGCUGCACUACUGCGAAUUGCCGAUCAAGCGCGCUGUGCCACUUUCAUUAGCUGUACUAAACAUUUCCAAUCCAGACUUUGCAGUAAUCGACCAGCUUUCUCGUCUGUCUCACGAUCCUGACAUAGAAAUUUCUCAAAACGCUAUUUUUGGGCUGGGUAUUGUCAGCGCCGGUACAAACAACUCUCGUGUCGCCGGGCUUUUGAGGCAGUUGAGCGAGUUUUACAGCAAGGAAGCUGGCCAUAUUUUUUGCGUGCGAAUUGCGCAAGGCCUGCUACAUAUGGGUAAGGGUUUAAUGACACUUAACCCAGUCCAUUCCGAUCGUAUGCUCAUGAAUGGACCUGCUCUUGGUGGUAUGCUUGUUUUGCUGCACUCUUGCCUCGAUCUCAAGAGUACUUUGCUGGACAAGAGUCACUAUCUGCUUUACUACCUGACAUGCGCAAUGAAUCCCCGAAUGCUGAUUACAGUCGACGAGGAAUUGAAUUGGCGACCAGUAACUGCUCGCGUGGGACAGGCUGUCGAGACCGUUGGACAAGCAGGGAAGCCCAAGCGUAUAACUGGCUUCCAGACGCACACGACACCUGUUCUGCUUGCUGCAACGGACCUAGCCGAGCUUGGCACCGAAGAAGUGUUCAGCAUGAGCAGUGUGCUAGAGGGUAUCGUGAUCUUGAAAGACAAUCCAGACUACGAACCCGAAGAAAAGAAAUAA